UGUAGUGUAUGGUAACUUAUGACCGUAUACAGUGCUUGUACAAAUGUCUUUUAACUAAAUGGUAAGUACCUGUAACUGUAAAGCACAUUGUGUUGCUGCCCUAAGGUGAAAUAUGCUCCUAGUUUUCAUUCUAUUAGUUUCAUUUCCCACUGUUUAUCAACAGUAUGUUAAAUCACUGACAGUAUAUUUAUAUUAUAUACCAUACUUUUUCUUUUUUGGCAGUUUUUGAUUUUGUAUAAUGUUGAUCGGCAUUAAAUACAAUUAUUGUUAUCCUUUUUUUACCUCUGUCUUAUUUUUCUUUCCUCUUGUAUACAUAUGGAUUUUAAAAUUAUCGCCGUCCACCUCUGUUCGUUCUUGAGCAGGCAGGAAGUUGGGGGGGAGGAAGCAUUCUGAAAUAUAAAUGGUUCACAUUUAGGGUGUAUAAAAAGAAUGCUUCUUUGCUUCUCAUAAAAACGCUCAAGAAGGUAACAUUUGUAAUCUGAACUUUAAAUACCAAACUCAUAAUUUAGAUGUGGUGUUUUGGUUUUCAGUUACUAUAGGAAGCUUUUAUAUUUAAUGAUUAUUUUGCUUAGUCCACAUGAUAACAUUUCUAUAAUAAAUCACACUCAGCGUGCUAAAGCACGAAGAGACUGAACUGAAGACGCUGCAGACUCAGAUAGCAAAAUAAUAAGUCUACUUCAUGAUAAGAACCAACUUCUUCUUAAAACAGGCAAGAAGACAUGAGGUUAAAGAGAAGUCAUCCAAAAAACAUCGAUCUGAUGACAGCAUUAACAGAGAUCAUUCCGACAAGACGAGAGAGAGACUAAAUCCAUCAGACAAUGGAGACGAAAGACAUCGACGUAAAGAAAAAAGAUCAUCUAGAGGCAAAAGUUAUUCCAGGUCUCGUUCACGUGAGAGACGCCAUCGUAGUAGAAGCAAUGACAGAAAAAAAUCUCGUUCAAGAAGUAGGGAGAGGAAAAGGCAUCCCCGAUCCCGCUCUCGGUCAAGAUCUAAACAUAGACAUCGAAGCAAGAGUAGAAGCAAAAGUCGAGAGAAGAAGAGGAGAAUAGAGAAACCUCGAAGGCACAGCAGAAGUCGAAGCUGUACACCUCCAAGCCCUCCAGCUUUUCGAGGGAGAAAUACAGCUAUGGAUGCACAAGAAGCCUUAGCUAGAAGGUUGGAAAGGGCAAAGAAACUGCAAGAGCAACGUGAAAAGGAAACCUGUGAAAAACAAAAACAGCAAGAGAUUGCGGCAGUGGCUGCAACAGGUGGAGGAUCAGUUAUCAAUGUAGCAGCUCUGUUGGCCUCAGGGACUCAAGUAACUCCUCAAAUUGCGAUGGCAGCACAGAUGGCUGCACUACAAGCUAAGGCAUUGGCAGAGACUGGCAUUUCUGUCCCCAGCUAUUAUAAUCCAGCGGCUGUGAACCCAAUGAAAUUUGCAGAACAAGCGAAGAAACGUAAAAAGCUUUGGCAAGGCAAAAAGGAAGGGGAUAAAUCUCAGUCUGCGGAAAUAUGGGAAAAACUUAAUUUUGGUAACAAGGACCAAAAUGUGAAGUUUAGAAAGUUAAUGGGAAUAAAGAAUGAGGAAGAAACUGCAACUAGUUCAGUUGAUGCUGAAAGUUUUAAGACACUGAUGCAACAAGAGGAGAUGUUUCGAAAUUUGGAUGCGCAGUAUGAAAUGGCAAGAUCACAAACUCAUACUCAGAGAGGAAUGGGCUUUGGUUUUACUUCAUCAAUGCGAGGAAUGGAUGCUGUGUGAAGAAAAAAAAAAUUGGAUUUUUAAGUCUUUGGACUUGUCAAUAGUUCAUGUUCUUGUAACCAAAAAGCUAGAGUUCUAGCUUGCAUGGAUAUUGCAUUGACUUUAACUUAUUAAAAAUGAAUUAUUAUUUUUUUGUAAAUAGAUCUGUGAUAUGGCGUUAGUAAUGUUUUUCGACUAUUUUCAUUAAAAUGAGAAUAGGAAGCUAUUUUAGUUUCUACUUGGUAGACUUGUUUGACACAUGCUGUUGAUAUGAAGACAUUCAUGUUGGUGUAAUACCUAAAUGGGUGCAAUGUUUCUAAACAUAAUAAUGUUAUGAAAUGUUCCAUAAGAUAUUGCUCCAGAUCAGGCUGAAUGUUGUUAAAGUUGUUUAUUCUUAUCAGUGGGUUUUUAAAUAAGACACUGAACCUUAUUUAAAUGUUCUUUUUGUACAUCAUGAUUAAAAACCAUACCCAUAAAAAGUUUGUUUACACUAAACAAGUUUCAAAAGUUAAUAGUAGCUUUUUUUUGUCUUCCACUACACUGAUGCCAAGAUGAGACCCUAUAUAAUUUCAGAGUACGCUGAUUUGUUUUCUUCAGUUUGAGCUUAACCUAAAUUGGUUAGUAGUUUUUCAUUAUUGCUAAUUGUGACUUGUUUUUGUCCAUUCAUUUUGUUGCUUAGAGUUAAGUCUUUUAUGCAAUGGACAGGUGGACAGAAAAAUGUAGAAUAAAAGUUGCAUUAAUGCUA